GACUGGCAGCGGGCGGGGAUGGAGAUGAGAUGGAGAUGAGACGGACGUACAGUCCUGGGCGCCAUCACCUGGCGUCAGCGCGCGGAGCCACUGCGAUGCGUGGGCUGCUGCUCUGCUGCACAGCGUCCGCCGAAUCUCAACGAUCGAUCGGCUUGCGAGUACAACUGGGAUUUGAUAAAUGCCAUGGCCCUCGCGGCAGCACAGAUUCCGCCGCCCCAGUCACCAAAUCUUUUUCUCUCGUCUCGCGGCCCCGGACGCUGCUCGCAAUUUCUCGCCGCACGGAUCGAGAAAGUAGGUGCUCGCCUUUUCCCUUUCUCUGGAAUCGGCCUCUGAGCUCGCUCGCUCGCCUCUGAGCUGUGCGCAGGCCGGGCCCCAGGGCAACAGCAGGAGCUCGCGAGGUAGGGCAGGCCCGGGAAAGGACACCCGCGAGCUUUCUUCCACUGCCUCAGUGAGUGAUUGUGCGCUCGGAGGGUUCAGGGUUUGACUGGCGAGGCGAGCUCGCAGGAUUGCGCCCAGUCAGUCGAGUUGGUCCUCGGGUUCGUGAUCGAGUUCAGGUCUUGCGGCGACGACGACGAUAUCGUAUGCCUUCGACAUCCCGGUGCGCCUCGAAGGAAAGAGACUGACUAAUCAAGGGGUUGAAUUUAAUUCUUCUCUCCUCGUGGUAAGUUGCUAGAGACGAGUACGAUGGCUAGCGCUCAAGCCGAACCGCAGAGCCAGACCGCACCGCAGACAGAGGAGACCCAGCAAGAGCAGUCGGGCCCUACGGCAUUGCCGCAGGAGACCGAGUCGGGCGAGCCUGCCGUGCAGAUUGAAAGCCGCCAGACUUCGGCCCAUCAGGAGUCAGCGUCGGCGGAAGAGCCUCGAAAGAACGAGGAGCCUCAAACUGCCGGAGAGAAUGAGAAACCGGUGGAGGCGUCACAGCCAGAAGCGGACAUGCAGGAGCCUGAAGACUCCAAGGUACAAAACUCAAGCUCCCAAGAGCACGGUGACUCUGCCCCAGCUCAAGGAGUAGCUUCAAAGUCCCCCGAGUCCGCGCAAUUGCGAGCUCGAAGACUUGCUAUUGAGGCUGCGGAGGCUCAAGAAGCUGCUCAGCGGGCCGCGAAGUUGGCCGCUGAGAAACAAAUUCAAGCGCUAGAGGCAGCCAAGGAAGCUGUCGAUGAGAUACACGCCGAACACGAAGCAGCCAAAGCUGCAGCGUUGCACGAAGUCGAAGAGGUUGAGGAGCGGGCGAGCAAACAACAAAAAUUGUCGGCUGAAUCUUCGCAAGAAGAGUUGCAAGGAUUUUUGCAGAACACUAUAGAAACCUCGCUCCGUCAAGCCGCGGAUCUGAAAGGUGCUUCUGCACACCACUCGAGCCAGUCCACAAACGGUGCCGAGGCUUCAAAAGGACAGAAUUCUGGUGGUCAAGGUCUCGAUGCCUUUCAAACAGCUGCUAGGCAAUUCGCGGUCGAAGCGAACGAGACAUUGCAAAACAUGAUGCAGUCUACGAUCGAUAAGACGGUCGCUGAGAUGUCUUCGCCGAAGCGCGAUCAAGACAACUCUCUGGCCGAACAACCGAUGAAUCCAGGCCAAGAUUCUGAACUACCGACGGGACCAGAAACUCCAACACAAGCAGGUCCUCAAAUGUGUACUCAAGUCCCAGCAGCAGUGCCCGCUCAAGCUCCUGUGGCCUUGAAUGGGACCCCAGUUAAUACGCUGGACCCAAAUGCAAUCCAGCCACCGAAUCCUUUCUCCAACGCGCCUAUUCUUGCGGGCACUGAACCCGUUCCUUUCCAAAAUGCGGCGAACAACUUUUUGGGUAAAUCGCCGGAAGUCGACACCUUCAGGACUACACCGGAGAAUCAGCCGACUGAGCAAGGUCCGGCUCCAAUGCAAGUUGGCUAGAAUUAUGUGAUACAGAAGUUCUGUAUAAUUGCCUUGACGUUGCACGGCAGCGUUAUGAUGUCCUCGAAAUGGGAAAGUCGCAUUUGAUUUCGCUGUUGAUUGGAUGAAGACCAGAGCAUUAAUUCUGGGAUCAGUGAUACAUCCGAGUAACAUUUCACGCGAGCAGAAAGCAAGAGGAUCGGGUAGACAAUUCGGGGUGGGCAAAAGCUUACUCCAGUUUUUGGUCCAGUGAGGUCAACUGUUGGUGCCUUUAAGCAUGGGGAACAAGUCCCAAGUAGAGAGAAUGUAGCCUCUGGUAACACCCAUCGGUUAGCAGAGUAGUUCGUGAUUUGGGAUUAGUGCUUUCGCAGUCGGAGAAUUGGCCACCAGGAGUUGAAGGGCGGGAAGUUGUGAUCACCAAGUCGCUGCAAUUUUUCACCAAGUUAGAGUCGAGUCUUUUUAAACGUAUAGCGCAACAGAAUUUGUUGUAACAUCAAGAUACGAAACUUUCAGUUGCUAAUACCUCAAUUUCAUUGCAGUUCCGGCUCCAAUCUGAACACAUGCAUGAUACCCGAGUGGGGCAGUUGCCCAGUUUUGUGUCGAGGUUUUACUUGGCAUGUAACAGAUAUUGCAUUGUAAAGCCAACGGUUUUGUUC